AUGUCUUUCCAAAAUAUUUCUCCCGAUGGUGUCAUCCUUGGAUCCGGUAGACUCAUCAGAGCGGGGUUGGAGGGCGGGAAGAGUGUGGUAGCUUACAGCAAGCCUGCACUUGAAAAGUCCGCAAGUCUGACUGCACAGGCAGCCAGCUGGGGUGUUAAGAACCCAGUUCCAGCUACCUGUGUGGCUAUUGGCACGGCUGGUGCUCUUGUUUUCGUUGCCCCAGCCGUUGUAACAGUCCCAUUAUUGUCAAGUAUGGGAUUCACAGCGGGCGGUAUUAAAGCAGGUACUAUAGCCGCAGUCGCUCAAAGUCAGAUUGGGAACAUUGUUGCCGGGAGCACGAUGGCCGUGGCACAGAGUGCUGGUGCAGGAGGCAGCGGUCUGGUCAUCAUCAACGGUAUAGUCCAGCUAGGGGGCGCUGCGACGACCGUAGGAGGCACUAGCCUAGCAUGUGUCAAAGCAAAACUAUGA